GCGUCCCGCUGACUGGACAGAGGUUAGCAGUGGUUUGCAGGUUAGGUUGGUAAUGCGUGUAAGUACUUGUUUACUACGUGCUGCAACUUGCUAUCAGGAAUCCACAAAAUCAUGCCGUUGAAUUUGGACAAGAAGAAAACGAAGAGCAACAAGAUGAAUAGUGUGAGUGACAUCAUGUCAGACUUCGCGUGCCUCAAGGUAUCUGCCUUGCAGAAGGCAUCGCUGAUAUCAUCGAUCUCGUAUGCUUCCGCAAAUGAUCGCAUCACUAUUGGACCACAGUCAGCGUUGGACAAGGAUGACUCCGACAAACUGAAGAACAUUGAGAACGAACAAAACUCUUGUAACAUUAAGACUCCACCGAAGACUAGCAGCAGUAGUCCCAAGUACAACACAGUAACUACUUCGAAUGGUAUUACUUUUUCAAUGAAGAAGAUUCUUCUGGAGAGCGAGCUGCAAAGACAGGAAGAAGUUAGGAAAAAUAUUCAGCGCCAUGUCCAGAACAUGGAAAAGAACGAUCGUGCAAUAUUGGCGCAACUGGCGCACACGCGCUCGAGUAUGGCACGCGAGCGUGAACGACAGAGCGCUGAGAAGCUGGCGAGCAUUCUCGCCGAGGAGGAGCGGAUCGCCGAGCAGGAGGAGAUCAAGAGACAGCAUGAGCAGCAGUUGCAGGCACAGCGGCUUCAGGAGCAGAUAGAGAAGAACAAGCGAGAGCUGGAGGAGUACCGAAGGCGAAUGAGAGAGAAGGAGGAAGUGACGAAAGCCGUGAUGGCCCAUCGGGCACAAUUCACGAGCAAAUACUGUGAUAUCGCGGCGUUGUCGAAAGCCUGCAAGGACAAGCACGCCCUCAACGUGGUUCUCACGGCGAAUUCGCCGAGAUUAAAAGAGCUGAUUCAACAGUUUGAGGCGUUAGACGAGAAAAUCAAAAGCGGAGAAUUGGUAGCCACGGAUAUGAGCAUUAUCGAGACCUUGGAUCAUCACAUGAAUGACAUGCUAAACAUAUUUCGGACGGAAAUAGAGAAAAUAGACGCCCAGUACGAAGCGGAAUUGGCACGCAAGGCACAAGCUGCGAAUGAGGUCCAACAGGUUGUAGCGACCGAAGCUGUCAAUGCGACGCUUCCUGACCAGCCAGAUGGAAGCGGUGCUGUAGAAAAUAAGGAGGCUCAAGAUCAACAUUCCGCAGUGAUGACGAAUCAGGCAGCAACGAGCGUGAUCAAUGUACCGGUUGCACCAUGUACGUCCGAACCGAAAUCGGAAGAAGCGACUCAGAAUCCUAAGUGUAAAACAGGACACUCCAUCGAAUACGUUGACGAGGAAUCGCUACAAAUUUAUCUCAGAAGUCGACACUUCCUUGCUACUUACAGAGCGGCUUACAAAGACUUUUUAGAAUCGCCUGCUACAAAAAAGUUCCGCUUUGAAUGCCAAAAAGCGAUUAAUAUCCCGGUAAACGCGAUCUCCGCGAUCAGCGAGGAACACUUGAGAGAUAAAUACGACAGACUGCAAAAUCUCCUAAAUGGAAAAUUUGCUAACGUGAUGCAGCAUGCGCAAGGAGUAUUCUUCUGCAAGGAUCAUCUAGCAAAAAAGAUAGUUAAUCAAGGUGAAACGUUGGUAUCUAGCAAACCGGAAAUGGCGUUUCCCGUGGCGGCGAUCGUCGUGGCUCUCUGGAAUGAACACACAGACUUUGGCGAAUUGUUCCUGGCGCAUCUUCACGAGGCAUGUCCCUUCACCGUGCCAAUAUUCAUGCUGCAGCAAGAGGGACAGUCCAAUGAAGACUAUUGCAAGUCUCUCGGCUACAAAUACUCGGAAGACGGUACCCUCGAGCAGCAAGACAAGUUUCUAAAGAGAAUGUCGGGCUUAAUGAGAUUGUACGCAUCGAUCACCGUUACGGGACAGCGGAGAGGUGUCACCAAAAGUCAUCCCCAUAGCCUCCAAUACGCCUGGAGAUGGCUAGCGGCCGUUUUAAAUAUCGAACCGAGAAUCGACACGUGCAACUUGUGCGCAACCUUGAUACUGGACAUGCUUGAGGUUACUGGAAACAUGCUGUGGACCGCUUAUCCGAAGCAGUUCCAUAAGCUGCUGAUGCUGCUGAAGGAGCAGUACUUUCUACGUGUGCAGAACGUAGCGAGCGGCGGCAGCGGGCCUCUGGUGCGACUGGACGACUUCCUGAGCAAUGCCCUGACGAGCGGCACCAUACGCCCCGCUGACGGAUUACUUCCGCCUAACUUUUGGUGAUCCCCUAAGAGAUUACUCCAAUGACAUGGUGGCAAGUUGAACGUGUUGUGAAUUGAACUUGUUGAAUAUUUAAUACGUACUGAAUACAUCGUAAAUGCGCUGGAAAAUGCGUUUCUCUGUCAUUUUGAAUACAAAACGAACUGCUUCCAAACACUUUAAGCAUCAUGCGGAGCGAAGUGACCCUUCUUCAAACAUUUUAAAUAUCGUAGGAAGCGAACAAUUUUAACUUCUCGAUAAUUUGAACUCAAGUCUUUGGAAAGUCAAAGUGUGAAAUUUUAGAGAUGUUGGUACUCUCGUAAUUAUGAUUUCGCGUAAAUUUGUUCUUCUGGAGAUUUCCUAGCUUCAAGAAAUAUUUUAAAAUAGUUUCAAACUCUGAAAUGAUAGAAUUGUACGGAAAAAGGCAGGAAAGAUCAAGUGGCCGUCAGGAGAUGAAGAUCUCGCAUGUUGUUAUUGUUACUUUACUCCUAGAAAAACUAUGCAAUUUAUAAAGUGAAUUUUUAUAAUAUUUCACGCGUUGUGUGUAUCGAGAGAAAGAAAAGAAGACCGUGACUAUAAGAAAGAGAAAUAGAAAAAAGUGAGAUAGCGAAGUAUUUUUUCUAACGAAUUGUGUAUAAAUCGAUUACAAAUUUACGAAUUACGAAUAAUGUUUAUUAAGAUUAAGAAUGAUAGGCUGUUUACUG